AUGGAGCAGGAGCAAGCGCAGCCGCCUGCAUACACGCAGCACGACCCGUCGAGCCUCAAUCUGCCUUCAGUCCCGACACACUCUCUCCCAAGCCUGCGAAGCCUCGAUCUGCCCGAUGCCCGCGCCUCCGUGGAGCUUAGUCCCAGAACAACCAGUACGCAAUGGGGCGCGCUUCCCCGUGUGUCGUUCCCGCGUGUGCCUGAGGGCGACGUGGGCAGCCCAAUGGACAUGGAUCGCGCGAGUGCGACGAGCGGCGAGGACAGGAGGAGGGAGAUGAGCGUCGUCAGUAUGGAGGAUCCGGACGUGAGGUUGGCGGCUGAGGCGCUGAGCGGGCUGGGAAACCCAGAUUUCGCCCGCUCGCCGACAAGUCGCUCCGUGACCCUUUCCGCGCGCGAACCCACCGUCGAGCCCGAACCGCUGCUCAAUCUCCUAACGUCGGCGCAUCCCUGGCUCGGAGGCAGCAUUAAUGGCUCCAUUUCUGCGUAUAAUACUACGAAGACAUAUUCCCCUCGAAUUUUCAAAUAUGGAGCCGAGCUCAUUGAACGUAAUAUCGGCUCGCCGGUCGUCAACACCGUCUCCUCUGUCGGAAGACGCACCGGCGUUGAGCAAAAUCUACGACGCUACUUAGGAGAGGUACACAGACGGCCAAGCGACCUAGAACAAGGCGAUGCAGACAGGAGAGGGAAACGACCCCGUGUCAUGAGCCCUAAUUCUGGCUCGGCGACCGACGCCAUGGAGAUCGAAGGCGACUAUACAGCAUCCCGCACAAGAGGCGGCUCGCAAUCGUCCGGCUACGCGGAGAGCCUUCCCGCGUACGACGACCACCGUUCUCCUAAAUACGAGGAGACCGCCGUCAUAACUAUUGAUCCUGCGACUGGUAAAGAAGUGCACCCUUCAGAAGAACAGGCGCAAUCCACACAAGACCGCCGCAUGAACUGGUCUACACAGCUCAUUAUGACAACGUCCGGCCUCGGCGUUGCGCUCUCUGACGCGUCGCUCAAAUCACUCAAGCUAUGCUUGCGGUUGUUGCGCGGUGCGACGAAGCACAUCGACAGCGUCAUGCGCGCGCUUAAGCUCGUCGUGGAUGAAUACGAAGCCGCGCUGCGAAAUGCGCGCCACUCCAACGGAGACGAGAAAGACGUCAUGAUGGCUGAGGGAGAAGACGAGCAAGUUCGCGCGAUCGCCAAUCGCAUGAAGCAGCUCUCCAGUGAUAUCUGGACUACUCUCCAGUCCGUCGUGACCUCGGUCUCCCGGUACACAGGUGGCGCGCUCCCACAGAACGCGUCACAGGUCGUUCGUACGCAGCUUCUCUCCGUGCCCCAGCGGUGGCAGCUUGCCGCCAGGACUACCGCCACUGGCAACGAUGGCGGUGAGGGCGGCGGCGAGGAGGUCCGCGGCGCGAACCGUAUGCUGGCGUUCGCGAGCGAGGGUCUGGAUAUGAUGGGCCAGAUCACCGCGGUGGUCGACGGCACCGUACAGAGCGCAGAGGGUUGGUUAAGUCGCAUUGGCCGCCAGCCUACGCAACAGCCUGAAGAGGAGCCAGAGAAAGCUCCCUUGACCAAGGUCAGAGUCGACGCUGGUAUCAACGAGAAGAACUAG